CAAAGUCUGAACACAAUCCCAGCAGAGGAAAACGGGCCAAACAAUGAAGCUAUAGCGAUCACCAGCUGAGUAUUUGUGACAGCUGCUCCAUUAUUUGUAACAUUUUAUUUGUUGUUUUCGCCUCAGCUCUUAUUUUAAAAAAGCUCGAUUUGAUGUGUUCAAAGCGUCCAUGCGGAUCCGAGAAAAAAAAAGUUACUGCCACGUUUUUGAGGCUUUACGGAGUAGCACCGAAACUUUGGGGUCUGUUUUAGUUUUUUUCUUCCUCCUUUGCUGUCAGUUCGACGGGACCUGUGUAGACAUUUAGUUUUUUAAAGGUUUAUUUUUUCGGGGGGAGGUAGUUUGCUGGUAGAAAAAUGCUGCUUCAGCUCCUCACCUUGGCCUGUGGUCUCUGCUGCUUUGGUUUUAUCUCAGUCUCUGCAGAUGUGCUAAAAGCAGAGGCGUGGCUGCAGCAGUAUGGCUACCUGCCUCCAGGUGAUGUCAGGGCCCAGGCCAUCCGCUCACCAAAGACGAUUGAAUCAGCGAUAUCAGCCAUGCAGAGGUUUUACGGUUUGACAGUCACUGGCUCCAUAGAUGCCAACACACUACAGGCAAUGAGUCGGCCACGAUGUGGCGUCCCAGACAAGUUUGGCCCUGCCCUGAAAAGCAACCUUAGGAGGAAGAGAUACGCCGUGCAGGGUCUGAAAUGGGAAAAGUCUGAAGUGACUUUCAGCAUACAGAACUACACGCCAAAGGUCGGUGAACGAGCCACGAAUGAAGCCAUCCGAAAAGCUUUUAAGGUGUGGGAGAGUGUGAUCCCACUCACCUUCAGAGAGAUCCCUUACAGCCACAUCAGAGACAAGGUCGACAAGUUCGCGGACAUCAUGCUCUCCUUCGCAGAGGGUUUCCAUGGUGACAGUACGCCGUUUGAUGGCGAAGGUGGCUUCUUGGCUCAUGCCUACUUCCCCGGCAAUGGUAUCGGCGGAGAUACGCACUUUGAUCUGGCUGAGCCGUGGACCACUGGGACCGCUGAUCAGGGUGGUAAUGAUGUUUUCCUGGUGGCCGUCCAUGAGUUGGGUCACGCUCUGGGUCUGGAGCACUCCAACGACCCCUCUGCUAUAAUGGCCCCCUUCUACCAGUGGUUUGAUACAGAAAACUUCCAGCUUCCAGAUGAUGACCGCAGAGGCAUCCAGGCCAUUUAUGGAUCAAAAUCUGGGGCUCCACCUCCUCCUCCCCCUCCACCUCGACCCACAAAGUCCUCCUACCCUGGCCAAGGUCCAGACAUCUGUGAAGGACACUUUGACACCAUUGCCAUCCUCAGGGGGGAAAAGUUUGUGUUUAAGGACAAGUGGUUCUGGCGUGUGCGCAACAACAAGGUGCUAACUGGUUACCCGAUGACCAUCAGUCACUUCUGGAAAGGCCUGCCAUCAAACAUCAACGCUGCCUACGAGAGGGAUGAUGGGAAAUUUAUCUUCUUCAAAGGUGACAGGUACUGGGUUUUCAGUGAGUCCACCAUGGAUAAAGACUCCCCCAAGAGCCUGAGAGACCUCGGGACAGGCCUGCCCAAAGACAAAAUUGACGCUGCUCUUUUCUAUACGCCAACAGGACAGACGUACUUCUUCAGAGGCACAAAGUAUUACCGUUUCAAUGAGCAGACUCGCACCGUGGACAACGGUUACCCAAAGCCCAUCAGCAUGUGGAGUGGUGCACCAGAAAAUAUUAAAGCUGCCAUCAUGAGUGAAGAUGGAUCUUACACGUAUUUCUACAAAGCCAACAAAUACUGGAAGUUUAAUAACCAGUACAUGAAGGUGGAGUCUGGAUACCCUAAAUCUGUGCUCAGCAACUGGAUGGGCUGUGAGAGCGAGGAGCCCAAAAAGGGCCGAGAAGAGGAGGUGAUCAUCAUCGAGGUGGACGAAUCACAAAGCGGGGCGGGGCCGGCGGCCGUUGUGAUCCCUCUCCUCCUGCUUGUGCUGGUCGUGGUCACUCUGGGAGCACUUUUGUUUUUCAGGAAGUACGGCACACCUCGACGCCUCCUCUACUGCCAGAGAUCCCUCCUGGACAAGGUGUAGACCGAGCCACAGGGUGAUUGAUGGACAGGCUGCCGCAAGAGGGACAGAAAGAGAGGGGGAGAGAUUAAGGGCCGGGUGUGGAUUGAAACUGAGGAAAUGGAAGAGGAACUGGAGAAAAGACAGAAGAAAAGAGGGAUUGGAGAGAGAUAAUUUGAAGUUUUUGUGGUUUGUACAGGCCACACAGAGCGAGAAAAAGGCCCUAGGAACUGAAAUCAGGAAAAUGUGUAUUUGUAUGUUAAGUAUUUACAUGUACUGUUGUGUGUCUAGAGAUUUACAACGUACCCAGAAUCUCACAUAGAGAAGGGAAAUAUACCAAAAGACUCAUAUUGAUCCCCUCUCACCCCUCCUUCCUUCCCAUUCUUUAACUGGACGACUCCAGCUGAACUGCUGUCUGAUUCAUUUUAAUUAUCUGCUUCAUUUUUGGUUUUCCUCAGAAAUUUAUCAUUUCUGACAUACAUUUGAAAACAAAACUGUGUUUUUAGGUACGCUUUACUUUGAAAGUCAUAUUUACAUAUGACAUUCACUCUUGAAUCCAAUGCAGUGGCAAAGUUUGAUAGUUUGCUCUCUGGUGUCUUUUUCCACUAUUAAGUAGGAUUGGGAAUUAAACCAUGCACUUUUUCCGGUGCUGCCUCAAAUAAGUCAACUGUAAAGUUGACAUGAAUGUCAGGUUACAUUAAUAGCCCUGUUUUAAAGAUUGCAUUUUUGGCUAUUAGAAUAAACAUUAAAGUGAGGCAGCAAUUGCUCAUCUUUAAGUUAGGUACUUUAAAUUGGUCCUAAAAAAUCAAUUCAAGCCUCAUAACUAAAAGGAUUCCUUCACAACAGCAAAAUACUAAAAAACAAGUUAACAGCCACUCUCACUGAUUGUUCAUCUGAGACACCGUCUGUUUCAGAACAGAUUUACCACAGUUUGCCAGUAAAACGUAUUUCCAAUUUAAGGUUUGUUUUUUAAAAUUCAACUUCAUUCAUAAAGUCUGGCAGUUACAUAAAUGAAAUUAAGCCAAAGCUAAAUUUAGCUAAAGCUAGCAUAGCUCUGUAAUUAACAUUACUACAUAAGCUGAUGUAGCUAUGGAAGCUUUAGCAACAUUAGCUUGGGCAAAUGUAGCUAAAGCUAACUUUAGAUACCCCAGCUACAUAGUUGCUUUGUGAGCUUAGCUUUAGCUACCCUAGCUAAAUAGCUUUGUUAGCUACAUAGUUUUGUUAGCUACAUUAUCUAUGUGUUAGGAUGUCUUCAUGGAGAAAGUGCUUUUUUUCCAGCUAGGAGACUGUUUACUCGGCUUCCUAAAUGUUUUGUAAUAAGGUUUUGCAGGUGUGAGUGUUAUUAGAGUGUUAUUACACUGCAAAGACUCACAUCAUAGUAAAUGCAUUUGUGUCUUGACAAGAAAACGUCUCAUUAGAUUCAUUAUUAGCCAACUAGCAAGUCCAGAUCAAGAUAAUUUUCAUGGUUUUAGAUAGUAUGGCACUAGAAAACAUAAGAAAAACAUAGGCUCUGCCAAUGCAACAAGGAAAAUUCCUAGUGAAAUUUCGUGGAAUGUACUGUCUAAAUAAGGGUGGGUUCAUGCAGCCUUCAAACAUGCACUGACAGGGAUGCUAAUCUACAGUCAGCCACAAAAGUCAGCAUUAACAUGAACGCUUCCAGAGUUGGACCUUCUCCUUUGGAAGUCUUAAAAUGUAAAGACAAAGAUGCCCCGUUGUCGUACAAAUCUAAAAUUCCUCUUAAUGUGUGCAUCCAGCAGCAGCAUCAUUCUUAGAGCAAACUAUCUCUGAUUUUAAUGCAGCAUCUUUCCAAUAAAUUAUAUCACCAUGUUUGCUAAAAAGGGGCUAAAACUUGUAAUAAUUUAAAGUCCUAUGCAAUCCUGUCCAUUUUAGAAAUGUCAAAACAAAGAUGGUCCUUCCGGAACAAAAUCUAGAGUUUCUUUACAUUUUCAUCCAGCUUUGCUAUCAAUCUUUGAAAAAAAAAUCCCAGAUUUAUAUUAAAAGUUGCCUGAUUUUAGAGUAUUUUAUGAAAACAGAAUCUUUAACUGGUAAGUCAAAAGAAAUAUUAAAGUGAGGUACUAAACAAUCUGUAGACCAUUCAUCCCUCUAUACAGCUUGUCCCGUUAGGGGUUGCCAGCUACCAUUGGAUGAGAGAUGGUGUACAACCUACACUCACUGCUGGUCAAUCACACUCACAACCACACCUAUGGGCAAUUUAGAGUCACCAGCUAGCCUAACGAGCAUGUCUUUGGACUGUGGGAAAAGCUGGAGAACCCGCAGUCUGACUGGGAUUCAAACCAGGGACCUGCUUGCCACGGCAGCAGCCAUUGCACCACUGAACCACCAUGAAGCCAGUAAUCUGUAGUAUUGAAGAAAAUUUGCCAAAGCUGUCCCCAUUUUGCUUAACAAUUUUUCAAAACUCAUUGGUAGUUUUCAGCUUGGUAAAAAUAAACAUUCUUUAUAAUUUUUUUAAACAAAUUUAUUUGCUUAUUUUUAGGCUGGGUUUGUUAAUCUGAGGUUAUGUCUUAAAGGUUCGACUUAAUGUAAGGAAAUCAUACAUGGUACCGAAAUCAACAUGCAUUUUCUGUAAAACACAACAAAAUAGGAUAUUUUUACACAAACUCUUAUUUCAGUGCAAGCAGUCAGACGGGAAAAUAAUUUCUUGAAAAACAGGAUUUUAAAUCUCACAACAUGGUUGUUUUCAAACAUUCCAGCUCAUUUCUUGUUGUUGAUCUCAGCUGCUUGUCCUAAUAUGCCAUUAAGCGGUACGGUUUUCAACAAUAUGGUGCAAUUUGUUUUAAUUAUUUCAUUUUUUAAUGGGGAAAUUGUUGUUAUUAUAAGUAUGGUUAUUGUUAUUAUUGUUCUCCUGGUAAAGUUAUGUUUUUUUGUUUUUUGUACAUUGUCAUUUGGAGUCCUGCUGGACAGAGGCAAACAUGGCAAUGAUGGAAAUGAAUCCCAGUUUACACUCGGUGUGAGGAAUUGGAUCAGAUCAGUGGAGAAAACGUGAGAUCAGGAUGUUAGCACAGGAUAACAAGCAAUGCUAUUUAUGAACUUUAAUGGUGCUUUAUGUUGUGUUCUACAAAAUCAAAAUUGAAGGUGAAUUCAUUUAAUUAAUAACAAUGAUAAUGGUAAUGAUAUUUAUAAUGAUGAUCAUAUCAAUGAAAUGGAAUGAUUUUUUUCUGCCUGUUUCACUUUUGUAUUUCAUAAGAUAAAGUGAAAUUAAACUAUUUUCUACAAACA